AUGAAUACGCGUCAACUUCGCAAAAUUGCCGUAGCCGCAAAAUCAUUGCAGAAACAACAAUCGUCAUGUAUCUGUAACCGUUAUUACAGUCAAGUGAGACCCGUUUAUGUAAUAGAAAGACCUAAAUGGAGAAAUUCUGCACAAAGUUUCUACGCUGCUCAAUCCAUUGAUGCAAGAUUCUACUCAUUCGUUCACAACAUAGACCCUGCGGUAAAAGAAGGAUCACACAAAAAUGCCGAUGAUGUACUGUUUGACAUGUUCAAGAACGAGGAAACAGGAUUACUACCUGUUGGAAAGUUCUUGGCUGCUCUCCGAACCACCGGAAUAAAAAAGAAUGACCCAAGAGUUAAAGAAGUUAUGCACAAUCUGUACAAAGUACAUAAAGAAUCUAACUUCGAAGGAGGAUCGCCAGAGACACUCAAGUUGGAUAAAACGAGAUUCAAAGAAGUCAUUGCACCAAACAUAGUGUUGAUAACACGUGCAUUUAGAAGUCAGUUCGUUAUUCCCGAUUUUCAAGAUUUUAUCAAAGAUAUUGAAGAAAUGUACUGGACAGCAAAAAGUAUUACGGAUGGAAAAGUAGCAAGUUACAUUCCGCAACUGGCUAGAGCUAAUUCAGACAAUUGGGGAGUAAGUGUUUGCACAAUUGAUGGACAAAGGUUUUCCAUAGGAGAUGUAAAUGUGCCAUUCACUCUACAAUCUUGUAGCAAGCCGUUAACAUAUGCAAUGGCACUUGAGACGCUUGGCCCCGACGUCGUUCAUCAAUAUGUUGGCACCGAGCCCAGCGGCAGAAACUUCAAUGAACUGGUUUUAGAUCAUAACAUGAAGCCGCACAAUCCCAUGAUUAACGCGGGGGCAAUAUUAGUCUGUUCAUUACUAAAGUCUUUGGAUAAGCCUGAAAUGACCUUGGCGGAAAAAUUUGACUACGUAAUGUCUUUCUUCAGCCGUCUAGCUGGCAAUGAAGUAUUGGGUUUCAAUAACGCGGUAUUUCUGUCGGAGCGUGAAGCAGCCGAUAGGAAUUACGCACUAGGUUUUUACAUGCGAGAGCACAAAUGUUAUCCCGAUAAGACUAAUUUACGAGAAUGUAUGGAUUUCUAUUUUCAGUGCUGCUCUAUGGAAGCUAAUUGCGACAUAAUGACGAUUAUGGCUGCAACAUUAGCUAAUGGAGGAAUCUGCCCCAUUACGGAUGAGAAAGUCUUAAGACCUGAUUCAGUGCGAAAUGUUCUUUCACUUAUGCACAGUUGCGGAAUGUACGACUAUUCCGGACAAUUUGCCUUUAAAGUAGGAUUACCAGCGAAGUCAGGAGUGUCUGGUGCUAUGCUUAUAGUGGUACCAAAUGUUAUGGGUAUAUGCACAUGGUCGCCACCGCUUGACCCUUUAGGAAACAGUUGCAGGGGCUUGCAGUUUUGUGAGGAGCUAAUAAAGCGGUUCAAUUUCCAUAAAUACGAUAACAUUCGUUAUGCCAGUCACAAGAAAGACCCUCGCCGUUACAAAUUCGAAUCCACCGGACUUAGUAUUGUUAAUUUGUUGUUCUCUGCUGCAAGUGGAGAUUUAAGUGCACUAAGGAGACAACAUCUUUCCGGCAUGGACAUGACGCUAUCUGAUUACGACGGACGUACAGCAUUACACCUUGCUGCUGCUGAAGGGCAUCAGGCAUGUGUGGAAUUCCUCCUGGCUCAAUGUAAUGUACCCCACGACCCCCAGGACCGUUGGGGCAGUCGACCCCUUAAUGAGGCGGAGACUUUUGGACACACAUCUGUAGUGGAGUACUUGAAAGAAUGGGAAAUAACUCACCCGCUUGGAAUGGAGCCCAAACCCUCAUCUUCAGUUGAUGACAUUUUGGACGUCCAACCUCAAGCUGAUGAUCCCGUAAACGAUCCAAGCAUCCAAGAGAUAGUGAAAAGAAAUGGCGAUAAAGUAAAUUAA